UCUCUCUCUCUCUCUCUCUCUCUCUACCCACACGCUCACAACAAACCAACCAACCAACCAACCCACCCAAACUCUCUCUCUCUCUCUCUCUCUCUCUCUCAAUCAUCAAACUCCCCCAAUUGAAGCAAAAACAGCGAGAGCAAAAGGCUUCUCUCUUAUGGACCACCACCAGCACCACCAACAGCCGCCGCAGCACCACCGGCAACCACCGCAGGCUGAGAUGAAAUCAAGAUUCAAGAGAGUAUGUGUUUUCUGCGGUAGCAGCCCCGGCAACAAGCCCAGCUACCAGCUCGCUGCUAUUCAGCUUGGAAACGAACUGGUUGAGAGGAACAUCGACUUGGUGUAUGGAGGAGGGAGCGUUGGGUUGAUGGGUCUAGUCUCCCAAGCUGUCUAUGAUGGUGGCCGCCACGUCUUAGGAGUGAUUCCAAAAACUCUUAUGCCCAGAGAGAUCACGGGUGAGACAGUGGGAGAAGUAAGACCUGUUUCUGGCAUGCACCAAAGAAAGGCCGAAAUGGCUCGACAAGCCGAUGCUUUCAUAGCCUUGCCAGGUGGAUAUGGAACCUUGGAGGAACUCUUGGAAGUCAUCACUUGGGCUCAACUGGGAAUCCAUGAUAAACCGGUGGGUUUGUUGAACGUGGAUGGAUACUACAACUCACUUCUAUCAUUCAUAGACAAGGCUGUUGACGAAGGUUUCGUCACCCCCUCUGCUCGUCACAUUAUCAUUUCUGCCCAAACUGCCCAUGAACUCAUCUCCAAGCUUGAGGAUUACGUUCCAAAACACUCUGGUGUGGCAUCAAAGCUAAGUUGGGAGAUGGAACAACAAUUGGGUUACACCACAAAGUCAGACAUUUCCCGUUGACCCGAUCCAACCUCUACUACUCACUUCGAAUCAUUGACAACCGUGAAUUUUUGGCAAUCUAAUCAACUAUACACGCAACAACGUACAUGUGAGCUUCACCAUAUCAUUCCCCACCACAGUUAUUUUAUAUUUCACUGUGGACCGUGCAUAAUCAUGUGUGAAAAUGUUUUUUCUUCUUGUUUUCGAUCUAAUUCGUAAAAGUGACUGCAGUCAGUGAUUAUUGUUUGUGUACAUAUAUUGUAUUUUUGUUGUGAAAUUAAUUGGGUGUGUAAAAAUAUUUGUACCAGAUAAUUAAUCUA